AUGGCGCACAGCGGCGUCGCCCACGCAAAUCUGGGGCUCACCCAGCCCAAUGCCGUCGAACCGCCUCAGGUCUCCGCCACCUUCUUUCUCUCUUUUCACUCGAUCACUCGUUAUUUUUGCGUCGAUUUUGGUCGCUUUUCACAUGCUUGCUGAAAUUUCCAGCCGAGAGUUGGGUUCUCCGCGCGGUCCUUUUCUUCCAUGGUUUUCUUAGGGGUGCCAAUUUUUUAUGCAAAGGAGUGUAUGGUGCCCUUUUUAGAUCUGUCGUAAAGUUUACUAAUGUCUUAGAAGUUUUUGCGUACAUUCGUUCUUUACUCCAGACUAUUGAUGCGAAAUAGGUUUAGAGAGAUUCUCUAUCUCUCUAUUUCCAUAGAAUAUACGUGGACCAAUUUCCGAUUUCUUCAGUAUAUCUCCGUUGAUGAUCAAGAUUCUAUGUUCUCCGAUCCCUGAAUCUGCUGGUCUAUUUCUUGUGACGUCGUAACAUAGCUCUGUUCAAUGUACUGAUCACAUGUACCGUAGAACCCCUGUGGAAUAGUCUUAUUGGCGCACAGUACUCACUAUUUGGCGUUGACUUUAGUCCAUAACUUUGUUCCGACUCAUUUCGCCGUGCACAGUUCAUCUUCACGUUUUCAAAUGUCCUGUCAUUUCACUUGGACUGCUCUUGCAGAUCUCAUUUUCUGCUAAAGAAAUUGAUGUUGGAGAGUGGAAAGGAGACAUACUUGCAGUUGGUGUGACGGAGAAGGACAUGUCAAAGGAUUCAAACUCUAAAUUUGAGAACCCUAUCUUAAAAAGACUGGACGAACAGCUUGACGGGUUGCUGUCUGAAGCAUCAAGUGAGGAAGACUUCUCUGGAAAGGCAGGGCAAUCAACUAUUCUCAGAUUACAGGGUUUGGGUUUCAAACGUCUGGGUUUACUUGGACUUGGGAACUCUGCGCUAUCCUCAACUUCUGCAUUCCGAAGCCUAGGUGAGGGGGUUGCAGCAGCGGCAAAAGCAUCAAAAGCAUCCAGCGCGGGCAUUUUUCUUGUAUCCACCGACGAGUUUUCUGCAGAGUCCAAGCUGAAAACUGCUUACACGAUCGUACUAGGUUUGUAUCAGAUUAGUAUAGCUAUUCUCAUAGUUGACGUUGCUUGACAUCUAAUUAUGAUUGGUUUCCAUAGGAACUGUGCUUGGUGUUUAUGAGGACACUAGAUUCAAAUCAGAAUCAAAGAAGGCGCAACUUAAGUCUGUAGACAUUAUUGGCUUGGGUUCUGGUCCUGAUUUGGCGCAGAAAAUCAAGUAUGCUGGUGAUGUUUGCUCUGGGGUGAUUUUUGGAAGGGAGCUUGUUAAUGCACCGGCCAAUGUUCUCACGCCUGGUUCGUAGUAUUUGUUCAUUUGUAAUACACUUUUAAGUCGUUUCCAUUUAUAAUAACCAAAUUUAGUCUUGGCCAUUGGGUUCCUUUUUGGGAACUGUCUUCUCAGGAAUGACCUGUGAGACUGCGAGGUCGUAACGACAUCUGCUCUUGUUUCAGGAGUGCUAGCCGAAGAGGCUUCAAAAAUUGCAGCUGAAUUCAAUGACGUUCUUUCAGCAAAAAUAUUGGAUUCUGAGCAAUGCAAAGAGCUGAAGAUGGGCUCCUACUUGGGUGUUGCUGCUGCGUCUGCAAAUCCCCCACAUUUCAUUCAUAUUUGCUAUAAGCCUCCUACUGGGGAGGUGAAGGCGAAGUUGGCAAUAGUGGGGAAGGGUUUGACAUUUGACAGGUGGAUCGAUGUCUUUUUCCACGUUAGCUUAUUUACCAUCUUAUGGAUACACGCUCAUGCGAAGUGAUUUUUACCUUAUCUUUUUGCUCUAAUUGGUUACUUUGUUGCAUUUAUGGGGACAGCUGCUGGAUAUCUUUUUUGCUUAUUUGCGGUCAAUACUAACAUUCAAUUUCCGUAAUUUGUCAGUGGUGGCUACAACAUAAAGACUGGACCAGGUUGUUCAAUUGAGCUUAUGAAGUUCGACAUGGGAGGUUCCGCAGCAACUUUGGGUGCUGCAAAAGCCAUUGGUCUGAUUAAACCUCCUGGAGUAGAGGCAAGUUUUCCUUUGUUCGUUUUCUUUCUACUCUGUGAAAGCUUGCAUUGGAAGCACUAAAAAAUGGUCAGAGACAGUAGAUGAAUUUCAAAUAUGAUUGGGGAUUGUUUCAGGUUCAUUUUAUUGUGGCAGCAUGUGAGAAUAUGAUUAGUGGCACUGGUAUGAGGCCAGGGGACAUUCUUACGGCUUCAAACGGGAAGACCAUUGAGGCUAGUUUUCUCUCGCAUGAACUUUUUUUAUUCUUUAAUGGUAGAUAUUGAAAUAAUUUUCAAACGACUGUUAUUUUUGUUUGGUCAUGCCUUAAAUUAUUUUGCCUAUAGAUUUAGUUUACGAUAUAUCGUCUAUAUCAUUUUAAUCUAUUAUGUUUAAAAAUAAAUGACAUAUUUACUCUCUUAUCAGACUUGCUGGUCAGUUUGUUCACAGAUAUACUUCCAAGAUGCUAAUUUGUCUUAUUUGAUGCUUCUCCUGUAUGUAUUUUGCAAAUUCGUAUGGCUUUUUGGGAGAAGCCUGGGCAUCUAUUGGCAACAAGCUGUCAUAUGACGACAAGGCCUUUGUAUGCCUGGGGAAGCAUGCUUUAAAGUUGAUUGUUGUCUUAAUCAUCCUUUUUAGGAUCUUUAUCCAAUAAAGCUAAGGACUGAUAUUUGCGAAAAUUUAUUGGCCAUGAAAGAUUCUAUGUGAAAACGAAGAUGUUGUACGCGUAACUCUUAAUAGAUUACUGAAAAUAGUUCAACUAUUAUACGUUGAAUGAAAUAUAGUUUGUUUCGCCUUUGAGCUUGACAAUCUUGAUCGAUGAAUUUGAAGAGCUAGCCGAGCCAGUUUUAUUUGUACAUUUCGAAUUCUCUGUGUUGUUGUCAUUGAUACAUGUACAUAAAUUUCAGAUAUUUACCCUGGUAAGUCUCAUCACCCCUUUGUUUCAUGGACAGGCUUCUCACUUCAGAUGUAUGCUUGUCUUUUUGUUUCAUUUUAUACUGCAGGUGAAUAACACUGAUGCAGAAGGAAGGCUAACGCUAGCAGAUGCCUUAGUUUAUGCCUGUAAUCAAGGCGUUGAGAAGGUAAGUCUUUUUGGAAUGACAAUUAUUGUAUAUGUUUAAGGAUAGUGAAAAUUUGCGAAAUGUUGAGAUUACACAGCUCAGUCAAUUUGUAAAAUCACGUUUAUGUAAUAAAAGUAUUGUCGAUGGUGCAUUGAAUACAGUGUCACCGAUCUUUUCCUUGCCCAGGAAUUAAAAAAACUGUCCUUAUAUACAAAUUCUACCUUAAAUCUAUGGCAAACAAGGAACACUGGCAUUGGUUCUGGAUUCCGUUGAAAGCAAGCAUCCUCUGGAAGUUAUGAAAAUCAUGAUUGCUUGCUGUUAUCUUCAUAAUCCUACGCAUGUAUCCUGGAUUCUCCCAGUUCCCAUCAGAAGCAAUCACUUAAAAACUACAGUUCGGAUGUUUUCUGACCACCAGGUGACAGCAAACAUCGAGAUGAGUGGUCGUUGCAGUUGCCUCCACUAAUUGCUCUCUUCUGUAAGCCCAGAUGCUCAGCUGCGUCAUCAAUCCCAAUCUGCCGAUUCUCAGUACAUAAUUUGAACUGGUUUCUUUAGCAAUCAGAUUAUGAAGUAAAAAAUCCUUCACAUCCGUGUUCUCUACUCUUCAGUUUCUAUUACUUACCAAAUCUCCCUUAUCCCCUUAAUCGAUAUGAAUUUCAUCUUUCUUUAAUCAUUUCAGCCUAGAGAAGAUUAUGCUUCUUUACUACCCAGCUUUCGGACUCAUUUUCUCUAUAACCAUCUCCUCAUUCUGAGUCACCGACAAUUGAUGUGACUUCUUUUUCCCUGCUUUCUUAAAAGCAAUGGAAUAUGGAGGCAUACAUCCUGUCUCCAUCCUCCACUGUGUACUAUUCCUUUUCGAACCCUAAUCUGCAUCGAGGUACCUUGUUGUAUGUAGAAGUAGUGCUUUUCUGCCUUUUGGUGGGAUGAUAAGGUAUGUUCCUGAACUCUUCACCGGGAAACGCAUCCCUCGGUGCCCUGUUCUUGGUCAUUCAUAUGAUAUGGUUCCCUUUCCAUGAGCGAAAAAUGCCCCUGUUUGAAACGUCAGAAAUAGUUGAUAGGCUUCAGCCAGGCAUUCUUUCACUUCUCCCUGAGCUGCAAUUCUCGCUCAUAUCCAUCCCGAGCUCAAUGAAAUAUCAUGGACAUCUUCAGCAUUUGUACUGAAGCCUGAGUAGGCUUUCAGAAGGGCUGAAAGCUCCUGCUCAGACAAGCCUGAUUUAAGGUUGGCGCCACUGGUCCAUGCUUAAUGGUGCUUAUAUAAAAUGAAAUGACCAUAUAAGGGAAAGAGGAAGUAAAUCUUAGUCCUGCUUUUCCAACUUAUUGGUAGUCCUUUUCCAAUUUUAUUGGCUUUGACUAAUUAUAUUAUAUCUCAAUAAGCGCGGAAUUUUUAUUUAACGGACACUGUCUCACUACCCGCAGGUAGUUGACCUGGCGACACUCACUGGUGCGUGUGUUGUCGCUCUGGGGCCAACAAUAGCGGGUAAUCUUUGAUAAUCACGCGUCCUUUUCCCAUUUAUUAGAUUACCAGCGUCUCAAUUAUGGGUAUUCCCAUGUACCAAAAGAUAAUUCGGUUAUUUAUUUAUUUAUUUUGGAAGGCGACAGUAAUUUUAGAACAUUUUAUAAUGGGUCUCCAAAUUUUUAAUAUUUUUUUGCCAUAAAUUCCAGGAUUUUUCACCCCAAGUGAUGAUCUUGCGAAGGAUGUCCUCUCAGCUUCAGAGAUCACUGGAGAAAAGCUUUGGAGGUUGCCACUUGAAGACAGCUACUGGGAGUCUAUGAAAUCAGGUGUGGCAGACAUGCUGAACACCGGAGGUCGCCAGGGAGGCGCCAUCACUGCGGCACUUUUCUUGAAACAGGUAAACUCCAUUACUGCCCACCUGGCUUCCUUGGCUCCAGAUUCAUAUCUUUUCUACGUACUGUUGUAUUUUUCUGUUCUUGGUUGACUGUCCUCUGUUCAUCCAAUAUUCUUUCCAAUUCUUUGCUUUUUUUCAGAGAACUGUUAGUCUCUCUGUUCUUGGAUGGCCGUAGUGAUGCGAAUAAACCAGAUAUAUUUAAUACCCAUACUAGAUAUAUAUAUUGGGUGUGCCGAAACUGAAACCCACAUAUUUAUUUAUUUAUUUUUAAUUUUGUGCAGUUUGUUGAUGAGAAGGUCCAAUGGAUGCACAUCGACAUGGCGGGCCCUGUCUGGAGCGAGAAAAAGAAGAGUGCCACAGGCUUUGGGGUCUCCACCUUGGUGGAGUGGGUUCUGAAGAACUCUGCCUAA